AUGGCAACAAGUUCUAAUUCUGAAAUAGAAAAUGGUGUGCUCGAUGAAUCAAUUAUCGAGGACAUGGGAGUAAUAACCCAAGAAUUCGACAAUAUCGAACUUGAAAUCGCGAAACAACACGUUAAAGCAUUAAAACCUAUUUAUGAAAAAAGGAGGAAUGUUUUAAAACGAAUCCCAAAAUUUUGGUCACAAGUAGUAGGUAUUACACUUAUGAAACAGGUUCUUAUCGGACAAUAUUUGGAUAACGAUGAUUAUUCGGUGGUGCAAUACAUCAAUGACGUGACUAUUGAAAUGGAUGAAAAUACGUCAGAAAAUUUCAAAAUUAUCUUGAGUUUUUCGGAUAAUGAAUAUUUCAAGAACAAAGAACUCAUAAAGGAAUUUAUUGUCGAUGCGGAUGGACAACGAAUGAUAAAAAGUACAACCAUUGAGUGGUUUGAAGGAAGGGACUAUACAAAGAAACACAAAAUUGAUGAGGAUGAUGACCUAAGCUUUAUCAAAUGGUUUUCAGAAGAAAGUACUGACGAGAGUUCUUGGGAUUUGGGUAGAAUUUUUAAAGAUGACUUAUAUCCUCAAGCCUGGACGUAA